AUGGAUAUGGCCCAUAUUGUUCAGUGCCUUAACAAGCUUGACGCUGGUGUGUCCGAGAAGGUACAACUUGUGUCAAGGGAUGGGAAUAAUCUCAUCGUCGUAUCAUACGGAGAUUUGAGAAGGUGCCUCGAGACGGCCUUCAGAGAAUUGAGUACUACGCCCUCAGUUGUUCCUCGUCAUUAA